UCACAAACUGCACGCGCGAACUAUGUACACUGUAGUGAGGUUCUGUUGGAAACUGCAUAUUUUAAACUUGUUUGCCGCAUAAAGUGAUUCUUGGAGCAAGUAAUGACCACAAGUCAAGUUCUUAAAGAUGUUGUUGCCUAUGUUGAUGUGUGGUCAUCGGACAAAACAGCAAACUAUGCAAAACCAUUCGUUCAGCAGCUGCAGGAAAUGGGAGCUCAGGUACCAAAAACAUUCAAUAAACAAGUCACACAUGUCGUCUUCAAGAAUGGUCAUCCAGCCACAUGGAGGAAUGCCAAGAAAAGUGGUGCCAGGCUUGUUUCCGUUCUCUGGGUCAGCAGGUGUUACGAGGAUGGCGUGCGUGUGGAUGAGGAGUUGUAUCCGGCCUUAAAUGAUGAAAGCAACCCUGUGUUAAAGAACAGAAGACAUCGUAAUAUGCAGCCGAAGGAUUCUCCAGAGAGGACACCUGAAAACGACAGACGCAUGAAGAAAAAACUAGACAAGAUGAUGAAAGACCUUCACCCUAAACAAGCUCUGGUCACAGAAGUGUCUCCCAUCAUUAUUGACGAGGAGAACGGAAUAGUUUAUAGCCCUGCAUUGAAACGAUCGGAUUAUAUGGCUCAGCGUUUGAAGGACAUGAAGGAGAAGCGAGAGAACCUCUCACCCACAGCUUCACAGCUGGUUGAAGCCCGCUCACCCACUGGACUGAAGCCUUCCCUCGGGAGCACACCAACCGUCUUCAAAUUAAAGUAUGACCAGUCGGAUGAUGAUUCGAGUGCUUCUGCUGCUGAACCAGGUUACUCACCUGACAAGGAAGAGGGGAGAACAAAAGUUGUUCCGACCAACCAUAACCGUCAUGAUCUCCGCCGCAGGAAAAGCUCUGAGAAGCCUUGGCUGUCACCCUGCCGCGAUGUACCACAGCGGAUUCCAAGUCCAUUGAAAUGCCCCGAAUUCAAAGACAACGAGGACGAUGUAGGGAGUACACCAAAAAAAACAAGACGGACCUCAGUGAGAAAAAAGCUAGCAGAGACACGUACAUCUGUAGGUUUGAUGGAAAGCUCUCGUCAGGAUAAGAAAUCGGACAUUUACAAGAACAUUCAUGAGGAAAAAAGGGAAUCUCUGACAAAAACUCCAAGCCCAUCUCCUAAUAAAUCUGAAAAGGGAAAGGGAAAAUCGAAAGCAGUGAAAUCCCUUAAAGUGACUAGGACCUGUUCUGUUUCUGAUGCUGUGAACUCUCUUAGUUGUCUCUCAUCUCCAGCUGAUAAUGCAAAGUCUAAAGAACCUUCUCCUCCAGUACAGAAAGUUCCCAAACGACCCAGACACUCGUUUUCUGCUCUGGUACGAUCGUCCACAGCGUCCAGUGACUCUAAAAGUGUCGCCUCUUGUUCCACUGAAGGUGAUGAUCAUGUGUUUGAGGACUGUUUCUCCCCCGCUAACCGUCGGAGAGCAAAAACGUCGGUUUUGUUUAAUCUGCCUGCAAUGAAAGACCCCUUCGUUCACAUUCCUUUUGAUCUGGAUUCUGUACCACACAAGAGAAAACAAAGACGAAGUGAAACCAUGGGAUCUGAGGAUAACAGUAAAAAGAAGAGAAAACUGGAAGAGGGUCGGAGUGGCAGAAAUCGCAGACAGCCAUCCGAUGCCAGCAGUGAGCCUCUGAUUCAUCCACAACAGGAUGUUGAAGACUCUCUGCCUGCUUUGGGUAGUUCAGUAGCUAAUGUGCGACCUGUAGACAGAAGACAAAGCACUUUACCAUUUACAAGCAGCUGUACAACCACAAGUGCUGCGGUAAAAAAGAGAAGAGCUUCUAUAUCAGUGCAACCGACAAGUCAAACAGAAUCUAACGCAGAGUCCAAUCCACAGAAACACUCUGCUGCCAGAGCCCCCUCAUGUAGCUCGGAAAGUCGAGGAAAUGAAUGUGGCGUUGGAGCUGCUUUGACGGAGAUCCUCUCUGAAGGAGAAGAGGAGAGUGUUCAGAAAAUGGUCAACAGAACAACGGCUAUGAGGACAAUGGUCAUGACGAGCUUGCCCACUGAGUAA